GCUAGAUCUUCUUGACUGCUACCUUGCAGAGAAGAGGGAAAUACCCCAUAAAAAUAUAAUGUCUGGAGGAACAAUGAUUCUUCUUACAAUCCUCAUCUUCAUACAGCUCUCAGAAACCCCAUUUGCAAAACAGACAGAGCAGUGUGUCCCUUCUAGUUGUGGGCAUAUUCGUAACAUCAGUUAUCCCUUUAGAUUGAAAAGUGAUCCAAAGCACUGCGGCGAUGAAAAUUAUGAAUUGAGCUGUGAAGGAAAUCGCGCAAUAUUCACAAUAUUUCCACAUAAUUGGUAUGGAUCACUGAACUACUAUGUUCAAGCCAUCAAUUACGCUAACUCCACUAUCCGUCUUGUAGAUCCUGGUAUAAGAGACCAAGUUAUUUGCUCUCUUCCUCAGAAUUCAAUUACGUUUUACACUAUCCCUCUUGGUUUUGAUCUUAUUAUUAGGCCUAAUUUUGUUCAUUUAACAGUACCAAUCACUCUCUUCAGCUGUCCAUUUGCCUUAAAUUCUCCAGAUUUUGUGGAAAUCACUAAUUGUCUCAACAGGAGUUAUGCUUCCAAUGUGUCUUCUGAUUUAUUUAAGGGACACACAUAUGCAACCAUGGCUGAAUUAUCACCAUCCGAUUUGAAAGUCGGGUGUAGUGUAGACCUCAUGUCAAUGACUUCAUGGCGUAUUCAGGAUGCAAAUGCCAACAUUUCUAUUUUAAGUUUGCAUAAUGCUUUGGCAUAUGGAUUUGAGCUUUCUUGGUUUAGAAAAGUUUAUUGCGAGUGCUCCUCCUAUCCAUAUAGUUGUGAAGGUGAAAAUUCAACUGAUGUUCAUUAUGUUGAUCGCAGCUGCAAAGCUUACAAUUUUAGAUUCUUCAAAACGUCGUGUGUUGAUCAAAAACAUGUUCUCCGCAUUCUUGCAAAAAUCAUCCCUUGGAUACUUCCCAUAGCUGGGUUUAGCAUCGUGGCAAGAAUCAUUCUAUUUCCAUUCAUAGUUGUAUUUCUAAUGAUUGAGUUACGAAGAAGACAUUUGUCUAUUUAUGAUGCAAUUGAAAGUUUCCUGCAUGGUGAGAACAAUUUCGCGCCCAUUAGAUAUUCCAACUCCAACAUAAGAAAGAUGACUAGGAACUUUAAAGAGAAACUAGGCCAAGGAGGUUAUGGUUCAGUAUAUAAAGGUAAGCUUCAAAGUGGUCCUAAUGUAGCAGUGAAGAUAUUGAGUAAGCCCAAAGCUGAUGGGCAAGACUUCAUCAACGAGGUUGCCACAAUCGGGAGGAUUCAUCAUGUUAACAUAGUACAACUUAUUGGCUAUUGUGCUGAGAGAUGUAAGCGUGCUCUCGUGUAUGACUUCAUGCCUAACGGAUCCCUUGAAAAGUACAUCACACCUCGAGAAGGAGGAGCUGAACUAUUAAGUUGGGAAAGAAAGUUUGAAAUUGCUCUUGGAGUUGCUCGAGGUAUUGAAUAUUUGCAUCGAGGUUGUGACAUCCAAAUUCUACAUUUUGACAUCAAGCCACACAACAUACUUUUGGAUGAGAAUUUCAUUCCAAAACUAUCUGAUUUUGGUCUUGCCAAAUCAUACCCGACGGAUAAGAGCAUUGUUACUCUAACAGCAGCCAGGGGAACAAUUGGUUAUGUAGCUCCAGAGUUGAUCAACAGAAGCAUUGGUCCAAUAUCUUAUAAGGCAGAUGUCUAUAGCUUUGGAAUGUUACUCAUUGAUAUCGUAGACUUGAAAACAAACUCGGCAGCCAGAGAGGAUAUGUCAAGCCAGUACUUCCCACAUUGGAUUUAUGAUCAGCUCAACAAGGGAAAGGAGAUUGAAGUACUAGAUGAGACACAUGAUGACGUAAAGAAGCUAACUUUAGUUGCUUUGUGGUGCAUACAAAUGAAUCCACUCGAUCGUCCCUCAAUGACUAAAGUAGUGGAAAUGCUUGAAGGCGAAUUACAAGCAUUGCAAACGCCUCCCAGGCCUUCUGAAUCGCGGGAACCAUGCUCAUUGAACUUCAAUCUAACUAGUUCUUCAAUAAGCUCAACUGAGUCUGUGAAGUUGCUUGAGAGUUGUUCUGAUUCUGCAAAAAUAGAUGUAAUUGUUGGUUGAAGAUUUUGCUUGUUUAAUUCCAAAAGCGAGAUCUGGGGAGGGUAGAGUGUACACAGACCUUCCUAUUAUCUCGAACUUUAUUUAGAGUUACCAAUCAAUGUUAACUAAACAUUGUUACAUGCAACUAUUUUAUUCAUGAUCUAAUUAUAUAAAUAUUUUGUAUAU